ACAAAAUAGUGAGAGUGGAAAGUCUGCAAAAAAGGCUGCGCAUAUAGAUUUGGUGUUGUGCCGUACCCGACCCCUACGGUGCAUCAUUCUCGGACGCAAACGUGUUCGGCCACGCCGCAUGUUCGUCUCAACCACGAGGUAAACGUUACAGUAACCAGGAUUCCAGAGGCAUUGCUCUUUCGACAUGUCUUAGGGAUGGAGUGCAAAAUCAGAGGGCUAUGAUAGUGAGUACAUGAGGACAUAACGUUCUGAGCGGUCCUUCCGCAUCUCGUGAUGUGCAGGGGGUCAACCGGCCGACUCAACAACGACAAUGGCUUCACGACCCAGUGCCCACGAUGCCGCCGGCAUGCCUCGAAUCCAGGAUACCCUCCGUACUCCUGAGGACUUGGAAAAGAUAACAAGCUUAAAGGCUGAGAUCAGUCGCAAAAAGGGUGAUAUCGACGCGAGGUUACAUGAAGGAUUGAAAGAUCAUUUGGCUUCUACACAGAAUGGCAUGUCAACCUUGGCCGAGGGGCAGAAGUUGGUGGAGCAGAUCAAGGAGGAAAUGAAGAGCAUUCAUGACCUUUGCGAACAGGCGCAGGCAAUCCGCAAAAAUCUGCCUCAGCUGGAUUACCUCGCCCGAGUACAUCGAAACUUCGAGGCAACACGUGCCAUGCAAGCUGGUCUGAACAACUUUGAACGUGAUUGCUCCAUUGUGCAAAGACUUCUGGAGGACGACGAAAAUGAUAUUGAGAACCAGCCAAACCUGCUCGAGGCUCACAUGCGCUUGACCAGGCUACGUGAUUUUCGAGAUGAGGCGAUGGAUCAGAUCAAGCGUGGAAAAGACACUAGCCUGGAACAGACCCUACUCGACUGGUUCCAGCAGCUUGAGAACAUCAUUGAUGAUUUUGACGCCCAUGUUGGCAGCAUCUGCAUGAACCUGAUCCAGCACGUGCAGAAUGACAACACUGGUCUCAUUGUACGAGUUGCUAUUGUGAUUGCUUCAGAGGAGAAGAACGAUGAUCGAGUUCGAGCCUUGCAGGAUGCGCAGAAGGACCAUCAGGACUUGGUCAGCAAAUUCACAUCCUUUACGAUCGGUCCCAAGAAGAUGCGUGGAUACAAAGAGAAAUUUAUCCAAGCCAUUAAGAUGGUUGCUCAAGACAAGUUCGAUGAGACGAGGCGAAGUUUUGAUGAAGACCCUUCCCGGCUCGAUAAGGCGACCAGGUGGUACUUUAACGAUUUAUUUACCUGUAAGGAAGGCAUGCAGAAUCUUUUCCCGAAAAAGUGGAAGAUCUUCGACACCUAUGUCAAUAUCUACCACAAGCAUAUGCACGACUUCCUGCUCUCGUAUGUGGACGCUGAAGACCUUCGCCCUCCACAAAUGCUCGGCAUUGUACACUACAUCGACAUGUACUACCAAAAGAUGAGCAAACUCGGCGUCAAACAGACACAGCUGCAACCUCAUGUUCUCGAUUCUCGCGAAGGAGACCUCAUACGCGACUACAGAAACAUCAUCACAAAAGCCCUCAAUUCCUGGAUCGACAGGAUGUAUGUCGCGGACAGAAAGAAUUUCCUGUCACGAUCUACCGAUGCCAUCGAACAAGAUCCCGAUGGACAUUUCCGAACCAAAACUCUUCCCGACUUGUGGCGUAUGUUACACGAACAGGCUGAGGCAGCAGGCGACUCCGAACGCGAAGAUGUGGUCGAGGGUGUAAUGAGCGCCAUGUUCACUGCCUUGAAAUCGAGACAACAACAAUGGGAGAAGCUCAUUGAUGAAGAAGUGGAAAGAUACAAGAAUCCGACACCCGAGCAACUCGAAAAUUUGCAGCCUCUUCAGGAUUGGCUUCUCGCCAUCGCCAACGACCAGAUAGCCUGCGUCGACGACGCUGCAGGCGACGUGAUAGAUGACCCUAGCGCACAGAAGGGUUAUCUCACUCGCUUCAGAGAGGACUUCACCAGACUGCCUACGCCUCCUUCCGCGAAAUUCUUGUCCACCAACGGCACAACCGAGUUAGACGCUCUGAGAGACGGCUACGUUGAUUUGUCCACACACUGCAUCAAUGGCUUCGUGCAAUUGAUCUUCAGAGUCGAUUUCCGUACGAUCAUGGCGGAGUUAUUCGUGCCAGGGAAGUGGUAUGAACAAGCUGCAAUGCAGCGUAUCACCACAACGUUCGAUGAUUACAUUGGCGACUACGCUGCAGUGUUGCACCCAUCACUGCUGGAUAUUCUGAUCGAGGAACUUUCCGACGCGUUGUUGGUCAAUUACCUGACAGCGAUCCGCACGAAUCGUGGAGUAAAGUUCAGGCGCGGCGAGCCGUUCCCUGCUAAGUUCAGGGAUGAUGUACUGGCUGCAUUUGCCUUCUUCGAGAAGUACCCUGACGGUUUCAACGAGACUAUCAAGCCGAAGUGGAAAGCGGUGAAUUUCACAGUACAGCUCCUGGAAGCCGACAAAAUGGAGGUCGUGGGUGUUUACGAACAAUUCAAGCGGGAGUUCUGGGAUUUACAAUUAAGUUGGGUGGAAGGCGUCUUGAAGACUCGCGAUGAUUGGGAUCGAAGUAUGAUCACUGCAGUCAAACGGGCUGCUGCUAGCACUUAUGCAGAACGUGGCGCCGAUACUGUCAUGGGCAAGGUCAAGUGAGGUGUGGCCUGAAGACUGUCCAGACUGUCCAGCAGUCUGAAACUAUCAAUGAUACCCCCUAUUCUACAUUUUUCGAGCCUACAUCACAACCGAUGUGCUCGCUGCAAGUCUAAGGUCAGAAUUCUCCUUGGAAUUUAGCCGUUACAAAAGA